AUGUCAAAGGCAGCCAGUGCACGAGAAAAGUUCGCAGAACUCCGAGCUCUCAAGGCGUCCGGCAAGAAGCGUCUGGAUACAUACCAAGUCCAAGAGGAAGAGGACUUGUACGAGGAAGUCGACGAGGAUGGAUACAAAAAGGUCGUACGCGAUCGUCUCAAUCAGGACGACUUUGUGAUUGACGAUAAUGGCGAGGGCUACGCAGAUGAUGGUCGGGAGGAAUGGGACCAGCAGCCAAAUUAUGGUUCGGCCAGCGAGGAAGAAUUACCAGCCAAGGGCAAAUCUGGGAAAGCUGCAAAACGUCAACGCGAAGAAGACAAGGCCAAAAAGGAGAAGAUUGAGAAGGGGAUAAGCAACUACUUUACCAAGGGUCCAGUUGUAGCUCAGUCAAAAGCAAAGCCCGUCAAAACCAAAGCAGAUGACGACUUUCUGGCAGAUCUACUCGGCGAAGUCGACACCAACGUACCUCGACCCACUGCUCAAUCUUCGAGGUCUCGCAGAGUGCAGGACAAGCGGAAGGCUCGAGCUCUGUCCCCAGGAGUCAGCGAGCUCCCCCGACAUACAUUGAAGAAGACCAAGGUAUCUGACAACAGGGCACCAGCGACAACACAUGUUGAGCAAGAUUUUGGCGACGAUGGGUUUAUGGAUACUAUGGACGACGAUAUGGUUAUGGAUAACCCAAUGACAUCAUCUCCGGUUGCCAAGGCAGUUGAAAGGAAGUCGAAUGUUGCCGUGAAAGUAGAGGAUGACGAGGAAGAGGACACGAUGGAUGUUGCGCAAGCUGAUGGAAUCGUAACUGCUCGUGUCAACAUUUCCGGUACACGCCCGCCGACAAAGAUCAAAAAGGCUGAACCAUAUCCAUCCCCGGCGAGCUCGUCACCAACUCGAGCACCCCCUCAGCGGGUCGAUGCGUCGACUUGGAACAACGUGACAGACAGGUUGAAUGUUGUGAAUGGCAGCCAGGGCGAAACGUCCUCCUUCGGAAAGCUCGAUCACACGGAUGCGAUCGAAGAAGAUGGCAGCCUACACAUGUUUUGGACCGACUACACGGAAGUCAACGGCAGUCUGUGUCUGUUUGGAAAAGUUCAGAAUAAGACGGACAGAUCAUUUGUCAGUUGUUUUUUGAAAGUGGACAACAUUCUCAGAAAACUUUUCUUCCUUCCACGUGAAUACCGCCAGAGAGGCGGGCGAGAUACUACUGAUGAGGUAGAAAUGAAAGAUGUGUACGAGGAGGUGGAUGAAUUGAUGGGUAAAAUGAGGGUUGGCAUGCACAAGAUCAAGCCUUGUACACGGAAGUACGCUUUUGAGCUCCCUGACAUUCCCCGAGAAGGAGAAUAUCUCAAGCUUCUUUACCCUUAUUCUAAACCUCAAUUACAACCCGAGCACCAGACUGGAACGACUUUCUCCCACGUCUUUGGAACUAAUACACCACUUUUCGAGCAAUUCGUGCUCUGGAAGAAUAUCAUGGGUCCCUGCUGGCUGAAGAUUGAAGAUGCAGAGUUUGGAGUGUUGAACAAUGCUUCUUACUGCAAGCUGGAAGUUCAAGUUUCGAAGCCAAAUCUCAUCACGGCCUUAAGCGAGAGCGACAACUUGGAGGCGCCUCCCUUGACCCUCAUGAGUGUAGCUUUGAGAACCACUUUGAACGUGAAGGAAAACAAACAGGAAAUCCUCGCAAUCAGCGCUCGAAUCUACCAAAACAUCUCUCUUACGGACACGACGCCCCCGGACAAGCUCCCUUGCCAUACAUUCACAGUCAUGCGCCCUGCUUCGACCAGCUUUCCCCUCGGGUUCGAGAAUGAGGUGAAAAAGAAAGCCAAAGGCAUGGUGAAGCUUGUCAAGCAGGAGCAAGAAAUCCUUAGCUUUUUCCUUGCCCGGCUUCAAGUGGUCGACCCGGACGUUCUCAUCGGUCACCAGCUGGAGGGUGUAGACUUCAGCAUCUUGUUAAGCAGACUCCAAGCGAAGAAGACUCCCCAGUGGUCGCGAAUAGGUAGAAUGAGACGCAGUGCGUGGCCUAGUUCGAUGGGAAAGAUGGGGGGUAACUUUUUCGCUGAACGAGCUCUUAUCGCAGGAAGACUUCUCUGCGAUUUAGCCAACGAUGCUGGAAAAUCGGCAAUGUCGAAAUGUACAUCCUGGACCCUGACCGAAAUGUGCAGCAUCUACCUUCCUGGAGAAAUUCGGCUUGAAAUGGACAACGAGCAGGCACUGAAGACUUGGGCAACAACAAAGGACGGCUUGAUGGAUUAUGUCGGUCACUGUGAAGCCGAUACGUUUUUUAUUGCGGCCUUGGCUCUGAAAGUCCAGCUGCUUCCUCUGACAAAAGUACUCACCAACCUGGCUGGAAACUCCUGGGCCAGAACCUUGACUGGUACUCGUGCUGAACGCAACGAGUAUAUUCUGCUUCACGAGUUCCAUCGUAACAAGUAUAUCUGCCCCGACAAAGCUGUAUUCAAAGGCAAGCAUCAGAUUGAGGAGGAGAACGCCGAUGAGGAGAGCGGGGAUGUAAAGAAGAAGGAUAAGUACAAAGGUGGUCUCGUUUUCGAGCCAGAGAAGGGUCUAUACGAUAAAUUUGUCUUGGUCAUGGAUUUCAACUCCCUGUACCCGAGUAUCAUCCAGGAGUUCAACAUCUGCUUCACCACAGUUGAUAGAUUGAACCUAUCCAACGAUGAGGAGCAAGUUCCAGAGGUUCCGGUGGACCAAGAUCUCGGUGUGUUGCCCAAGCUUAUCGCCACUCUCGUCAGCCGUCGACGAGAAGUCAAGAAGUUGAUGAAGGACAAGACCGCUACUACGGAACAGCUUUCAACUUGGGAUAUCAAGCAAUUAGCUCUAAAGUUGACCGCCAACUCUAUGUACGGUUGUUUGGGAUAUACGAAAUCGAGAUUCUACGCCAGACCCCUAGCAGUGCUCACUACCUACAAAGGUCGUGAGAUUCUUCGUAGCACCAAGGAUUUAGCAGAAUCCAAUUCUCUCCAGGUCAUCUACGGAGAUACAGAUUCAGUCAUGAUCAAUGCGAAUGUCGACAAUGUAAAGGAUGCUCUUAGGGUUGGAGAAGAGUUCAAGAAAGCCGUGAACGAGCGGUAUCGACUCCUUGAAAUUGAUAUCGACAACGUUUUCCGGCGAAUCCUGCUUCAAGCCAAGAAGAAGUAUGCUGCAAUCAACUUAGUCCAGGUUGAUGGCAAAUAUGUCGACAAGAUGGAGGUCAAAGGUCUCGACAUGAAGCGCCGAGAGUACUGCAACUUAUCGAAAGAGGUCUCCGCCAAAUUGCUCGACGAGAUUCUGUCAGGUGAUGAUAUGGAACUUGUGGUGACUCGCAUACACGACUACCUUCGCGAGAUAUCUACCAAGAUGCGGGAGGGUGCUGUUCCAACUCACAAGUAUACGAUCUAUACCAAGCUCGGCAAGGCGCCGCAGGAUUACCCUCAAGCAGAUUCGAUGCCCCAAGUCCAGGUCGCUUUGCGUGAGCUGUCAAGGGGCAAGACCGUCCGCAAAGACGAUGUUAUUGCCUACAUCGUCACUGGUGAUGGCAAGAACAGUUCUGAAGGGCCUGCGAAACGCUCUUACACGCCUCAAGAUGUUUCCAAGGCUGAAUCAGGUCUCACUCCGGAUGUCGAGUGGUACCUCUACAAGCAGAUCUUUCCACCCGUGGAACGUCUUUGUGCGAACAUCGCCGGAACUGAUACUGUUCGUAUCGCUGACUGUCUUGGUCUCGAUGUUCGUAAGUAUAGCAUCAACAAUAACAACGCAAAUGCUGGUGGUGAGGCUGAGAUAUCUCCUCUCGAAAGUCAAAUCGAUGACGAGGUGCGCUUCAAGGAUGCAUUCAGACUCCGUCUUCAAUGCAGGGCCUGCAAAGGGAAGUUCGGAUUCGAGGGUCUCGUAGGAAGCCUGGAUUCUUGCUCUGCAGCAGGUAUCACUUGCCGCUGUGGACACACCUUGUCAAAUAUCUCCAUUAUAGCCCAGCUUGAGCAUCAAAUACGACAGCAGACGAGCAGAUACUACGAAGGCUGGUUGGUCUGUGACGAUCAAGCUUGCGGCAAUCGGACAAGACAGAUGAGUGUGUAUGGUCAUAGAUGCUUAGGCCCCAAAGGUCUCGGGCACGGAUGUCUAGGCAAGAUGCACUACGAAUAUACGGAGAAGAUGAUUUACAACCAGCUGCUGUACUUCUCCAGCUUGUUCGAUGUGGAGAAGGCGAAGACUGCGGCAAAGGGUACCGAGAGAGAACUUGUGAUGGCACUCGUGGAGCAUAAUAGAGUAAGAUUUGGGACAUUGAAGGCUGUCGUGGAGAAAUACUUGGAUAAGUGUGGAAGACAGUGGGUUGCUAUGGAUAGCUUAUUUGGGAAACUUGGUUUCACGGUUUGA